AUACCUGAAGAAAGUGAAUUAUUGUUUGAAUCAACAGUCGAUAGAAAUUUACCUGAUUUAUCUGAAAAUAAUUCUGAAGUCCGUUCAAUUAAAAGGCGUAAACUUUUGACUUUGACUAAUGCUAUACACACAAGCGUUCAG